AUGAUCGGUAGAAGUGUGUGGCACAGAUCAUUUCAUACCAGUGGGUCAUUUUGGAAGCAGUUUAGAUUUCCGCAAACCCAAGUAUCAUCCAUCUACAACAAGACCAAGAGCGCAUCUAACUAUAAAGGGUAUUUAAAACAUAAAGAUGCUCCUGGAAUGCACUAUCAGCCUUCGGAAUCCAUCGCCACUGGGUCUAUCAACAGCGAGACCAUUCCUCGUAGCUUCAUGGCGGCGGCUGAUCCACGUAGAGCUUACGAGAUGCCUGCGCAUGGCGCUGAAGCGAGGGAGUGUCCCAACGUUCUUGUAAGCGAGAGCACAGUGAACGGCAAGAAGUAUCAUUUGGGGCCACAGGAGGUCGAGGAAAUGCAGAGGCUACGUCACGAGAAUCCUCAGAAGUAUACACGCAAGUUUUUGGCUGCCAAGUAUGGCGUUUCGCCAUUAUUUGUAUCUUUAGUUUCGAGGCCAAGUGGCCAGCAAUUGCAAAAUAUGGAAGGUAGGUUGCAAGAGAUCCAAUCCCGCUGGAAAGACAAAAGGCGUGUAGCUAGGGAGGAUCGUAAACGUAGAAAGCUGUUGUGGUAUCAGGCGUGA